CAAGACAACAAACAACAAAACUUAACCUCCAAACCAAAUCGUUCAAGUAGUUUAAAUUACUAGUUAAUUGUGAUAUUUGGAUAUUAUUUACUGAAAUUGAUCAUGAGUUUGAACAAUUGGAUGAGCCAACUUGACGAAUCCUUAAAAAAUAUACCGGUAAUUAAUCUAGCUAUUCCAGGAUCCCAUGAUUCCAUGAGCUAUACCAUUAAACCAACAUCAGAUAUAGCACCUGACAAUGAGCAAAUUGUUCUAUUAUUGGCCAGAGUAUUUGGAAGCCCUAGUCGAAGAGUGAUUCACAGGUGGUGUGCGACACAAGAAUUGACUCUGUUACAACAGUUAAACCUUGGCAUCAGAUAUCUGGAUUUGAGAAUAUCCACAAAAGAGGGUGAUACAAAAUUGUAUGCUGUCCACGGUCUGUACGGUGAUGAAAUAUACCCUCAUCUCCAAACAUUAAACAAUUUCCUAGAAGAGUUCCCUGAAGAAAUAAUAAUACUGGAUUUUCAACAUUUCUACAAUUUUAGUGAUGAGACUCACGAAUUGUUGAUAUCAAUGAUUAAAAAUACUUUUGGAGGCAAGUUGUGCCCUCUGCCGUGGGACAUAAUGACAGUGACACUGACGUGGAUGUUGGAUCAUGGAUACAGAGUUAUUGCUAUCUAUCGAGACGGAUUGGUGGAGAAACAUGCGGAGUUGUGGCCUGGAGUGAGAUGGCCUACGCCGUGGCCCCAGACUACCAAUUCUGAGGCACUACUAAAAUUCCUCAACAAGACAAUGGCACAUCGCCCCAAGAACGCCGGUUUUGUCACCCAAUGUCUUCUCACACCCGAUACCAAGUUUGUAAUCCAUCAUCCGUGCGGAGAGUUGAGAUCUAAAUGCUCCAAGCCUUGUUUGCAAGCAGUAAUUCCGUGGCUCAAACAGCAACGUCCAGGCCUACGAGGAAUCAACGUUGUCAUUACAGACUUUGUCGAAAUGGGCGGCGACCUCUUCAGCAAGGUCGUCAUUGGGUUGAAUGAUCUCCUAUUGAAACCUUAGUUAAUAAUUAGUUUGUGUAGCUCUACUCAGUCUAUACUAAAAGGCAAGUGAGAAUGCUUUAAGCACUGUGUCUGUGAUUGUAGUGGUACAUAAAUGCUUUGAAUGAAAAAGGCUAUGUUUAGAAUGGUACAAGGCACUAACUGUAAGAAACCAAGAUAAUUAAAACUCUUGAACAAUGGCUUUUUUUAACCUUAAAGAAAAAUAACUGUGAGCAAAAAAAUACUUAAAUUUGUUAAUCAUAAUAUCACUUCACAAGAGUAUACCGUGGUAAAAAUGAA